AUGGGCAAUAGCUUCGGCUUUCUGAGAGGCGAAAGCGGAAGUGGGUUCCAGUUUAACGUUGUGGAGGCCUGCAAGGCUGAGGAUGUGGACCUCGCUCAGGCUUACAAACCCAACAACAAGACUCCCGAGAAUCCGAACGCGGAUCCGACAUGGAAAGAUAGAGUGCGCGCAGCUGGCCGAACAUUCGUCUUGGGCGUUGCAGACACUCAGACUAUCUUCGUCGGAGCUUUCCUUCUCGGUUUUGCUGGCCGGAGCAAGUGCAAGCUGACAAGCUAUCACUUUACGGUCGCCGUCAGUCAGAUGAUGAUCGCGCUAUCCGUUCUCACCUUCUCCAUCGCACUGGUGCGGACCUAUUGGCGCAAUCCGCUCGCAGCCGCUUUCCGACUAAUUCUCUCGGUUGGGGCCUUUAUCGGUGUCGGGUUGACCAUCUUCAGGGAAGCCAACUAUGCUCCGUAUGAUGCACUUGAGCAUUCGAGCCAAGACAGCGCUAUUCUUUUGCCAGUAGCAUGUAUGCUAGAAAUGGACUUGCGAUCAGCAGCAGAAGAGCAAGCGCGCCUGAACCAAGCCAAUCUCGGCUUCGGUAACGCCACAGCCUGGCCACCAGAACGAUUCAUGUACAUCGUCCUCGGCGUCGCUUUCCUCGCCGCCCACAUCUCCGUUCCCAUUCGUUUCGCCGAAUCCAGAGACCGCGCACCGAAAGUCUGGACAGAGAAGCGGGCAUUGGUUACCUUGAUCUACUGGAUCUUGGUGUUGCUCACACCCAUCGUCACGUCGAUGUUCUGCUGGUUCCGCGUGUACACAAUGCGCGAGUGGGUGGCUGGUUCGGGGUGGAUGGAGGAUCCGAAUACGGAGAUGAUAGUGUGGGAUUCGGGACAGUUGAUCGCUAUGGGCGUGCUUAUUACGGUUGUUAUGAAUGUGCUUACUGAGGCGAUGGAGAGGGAGAAGAAAGACGCGAAGAAGAGGAGUGACGGAAGGGAUGGAGAGGCGGGAGUGGAGUUGCUGCCGACCGCGUAUCGUGGGUAUGAGUAUUAG